UUUCAAUUGGGCAGUCAUUGUGCACUCAGAUGGUCCUUUUCCUCAAAAUAAAAUUGAAAAGGGCAAUAGUAUGGGGAUAAGGCAGACGACGGCCAUCUUCUGUCCAUCUUGCUACUUCUCUGUUUUUUCCUCUUCCUAAUUUAACAACGGCAGAGACCAAGCAAUAGCUAGCGGUUCUCUCCGAUCCUUCUAUUUUUGCUGCUUUUGCUUCUUAAUGUGUAUUGUGGGAAUGGGGAUAGAGGGACUAUGGAAGAGAAAAAGAAGAAGAAAAAAAGAAGGGCGGUAGUGGUCGGGUGAAGAGGACAAGGGGGACGAAUUCGAUUUUCCAUUUGGCUUAGUCACUCAUUCACAAUAUAGGAGAUGAGAAUAGAGGAAAAAAUGACCAAUACGCACACAAACACACAAAACGCUCCAAAAUAAAAUUUUUUUCAAUUCUAUUGGCACUUUUCUUUAUAUUAAUCUUUUUAAAAGUGUUCCCCCCCUAUCUUCUAAAAUUUUCUCACAUUAAUUGUUUUCGUGUGUGAGGUCCUUCCGCGAAAAAUUUUAGUACAUAUUUUCCCGCAAAAAUUUCUUUGGAAUUAUUUAAAUAUUCCUUAUUGUUAGCACAAAUCUGUAAUUUUGGGACUUUGGAGGUCCAUAUCUUGGCCAGAUCAAAAAACAGGCAAAAACGGCUCAAAAUCCUUGCUAGAAAGGGCACAUUCUCUAUCGAAUGAGCCCGGUCUCGACUGAUUUUAGGUCGGACACCUCGCAACCUCACCUUGUUUGUACUUUUCAAUAAGAUUUUCGAGAUUUCAUUUUUAAAACUAAAUUUUUUUUGUUAGAGUUUUGAUGUGAUACGGCUAUUUCUCUAUUUUUCACCAAGAUUUUUCCCAUCAUCCAAUCUUUUCCUUUAUUAUUUUUUUUACAAUUAGUUUUUACUUUUUAAUCUUUUAUUUUUUUAUUAUCUUUUCUGAUAUCAAUUUUCUUUUGUUUAUUUUCACAUGUCAUUUUAAAUCAAUACAAUUACAUUUAUAUAAAUAUUUACAUAAAUUCUCUACAAAUUAAAUACUUUUAAAUAGUAAAAAAUAAUUUUGUAAAAAAAGUAUUAGUUACUUGCAUAUAUUUUUUAUUUGUAAAAUUUUCUUCCAAAUAUUGAUGGUUAUCAUUUCCGACGAAUCAUUUAUUUAUUUUUGACUUUUUGUGAUGGCGAGGAUGGCUGAAGGCUCUAUUUUAUUGUCUGUUACUGCUGAAGUGCUUUUUCAUGAUGGGGCAAAUUGGAUUAGAAUGGAUAAUAAUAUGAAUGGUCAUUCUGGGCUUUCUUCAAUAAAAUUGGUUAAAUCAAUAAAUGAAGCAAUUUAUAGAAUUAUUGCCAUCAGGAAUAUUGAUAAUAAACGAAUUGUCGAUCAAGUUAUAUUUCAACGUUUAAAAUAUAAAGAAGCAACUCCAUCCUUUCAUCAAUGGCGAAAUGAACACAAACAAGUUAUUGGUUUAAGUUUUACAAAUACACAGGAAGCCCGACAUUUUUAUUCUGGAGUUAGACAAGCAUUAGAUAGUCUUGUUAGCAUUCAACAGCAAUUUGUUAGUGUACCUACGUCUAAUCAAGUUGAUACAUCUACAUAUCAAGACCCCCAAAAUUUCCAUAAUUAUAAUUGUCAACAACAAGAUAUUUAUUCCAAUGGUGCUAAUCACGUUGAAGAAGUCAAUACUUGUUAUAUUGAACCAAAUAAUGGAAAAAUUAUUUCGUCACAAACAAAUGGAUGUUAUGAAAAUAAUAACAACCAAAGAAUUUAUGGUCAAAAAUAUGUCAAUAAUCAGGGACAGAUUACAACAAAUCAACAACAAAAUAAUUUAAUUCGGCGUGCUUCUCAAGGCUCGAAUAUUAGUUCUAGCACUGGUGGUAGUUUACCUGGACCUUAUGGACAACAAGUACUAGUCAUUCCUUCACAAAACACUACUUAUUCAAAUAACAAUAAUUUAAAUGAAAUAAACUCUAAUAAUAAUAAUUUAUAUUCUUCAAAUGUUGAGCAACAACAACAAACUUCCCAUUUGCCUCCCCCACCUCCAAAUAGUAAUUAUCAACAAAAUACUAUGAACAACAACAACAACACACAAAAUAAUAUAGCUCCACCGCCUCCCCCUCCUCCACCACCGCCCCCACCUGAAUUAAAAAAUAUUUUGUCUGCUAAACAAAAAAGUUUUUCUGAACAGCUUCGGUUGGUCCAAUCAAGUAAAAGUGGUGCGAAAGGAAAUGAUAAUACAAAUAGUAUUAAACCUUCAUCUUCGACAACAACAAACAACAGUUCUCGUGAAAAUGGGCCAAAAAAUCCAAUUGGUGGCAAACAAGAUUUAAUAAGUGAAUUAGCUGAUCGUUUAAAUAAACGAAAGAUGAAUUGUGCAGCAGAAGGGAAUAAUGAAAUAAAUUUGAAUAAACCUGUGGAAGUUGGAGGAACAAAAAAUUGUGUUGUUAAUCAAAAUAAGUCCCAAGUUUGUGGAAAUAUACAAGGAAGUCAACAGAAUGCCAGUGUACAGCUAAAGAAUGGUCCAGCAAUAUCUCAAAAAAUAUCAAGUGGUUCAUCAAUUGCUAGCCAGGAAGAAAUCCCUAGCACUAGCAAUGAAAAUGGAUCAACACAAAAAACAUUCGUAACAACUGAAGACUUGGCACGAUUUAAAGUUGAAAUGAUGGAAGCAUUUUCAGCAGAGCUUUCAAAAUUUCGGACAGAGUUGACACAACAAAUAUGUAAUGAAAUUGCCAAAAUGUUCAAUAAUCGACAAUGA